AUGAAGCAUAUUACAAGUAUUAUUACAAAAAAUGACCUCAAUAAAAUUAAUAUUCAAGAAAUUAAUGAAAAUUAUGCAAAUAUAAUUAAAGAUUCCAAAGUUAAUAUGCAAGAUAGAGACAUUUCGGAAGCUUUCAAAGAAAAAUUGAACGGACCAGAUGCAGUUAUUGACUUUUUACGCAAUUUAACUGAAAAAUCAUUGAUGGAUGCAAUGAUUUCAGGUCUUAAGUUUGAUGAUAUCAUUGAUGUAAAGCUAAAAGCCGAUAACAAAGUUUUAUUUUCUUCAACUCUUUUAAACAUUGCAGCGAGAUACAAUCUAACAGAAACAAUGCAAUUAUUACUACAGUUUGGUGCCGAUAUUAAUCAAACAGACACAAACGGAAAUAAUGCUUUAGAUUAUUCAGCUUCUAGCUAUGAUAACGAUGCUUCCAUCUACUUAUUCCUUAAAGGAUGUCAUCCAAAUGACUCAGAAAUGUUAACUGAUUUGUUAAAAAUGGACGAUUCCGUUGAAAGAUUAAUUUUAUUUUUGAUAUAUCUCGAAAAUUAUCCUUAUUUACUUACAGCAGCACAAGAAUUACAUAAUAAAAAGAUUGAUACUAUCAUUGACGGCUGUGUUCCAUAUGAAUCCAAUUGUUUUCUCGUUUUAGAAAAUUAUAUUAAAUUAAAAACGCCAGAUUGGCAGCAAGAGUUCGAUAAUUUCAGAACUAUGUUCACUAUGAUACAAAAUACAAUGGAAGAAAUCAACACAAUUCAAAAACCUGAUGCUAGAAAUUUACAAGAGGCUAUUACAGAAUUGGCAAUGAAAUUAAACCAAUUGACAAAGCAGAUAAACGAUGUUCAGUACAUGUUCAGUGAAAAGAAGCAAAGAUUCGUUGAUUUUCUUCCAUUUUGUAAAAAUUCUCUAAAAAAGAUAGAAGAAGCUCUUGAAAUCCUUGAUAACAACGGAGAAAUCGAUGUAGCUAAAUAUGUCAAAGCUUGUGAAGUCGAACCUUUCAUUCAUGCCGCUUUUUACUGUUCCAAAAAUGGAAAAAUUUUGGAAUGUAAAGAAAAAUUGAGAAGUUUACAAAAUACCAUUGAAAAUAAUAUUAAUGAAAUUCCUGAUUACGAACAAAUGUUUAAGGAUAAGAAAGAGAUUCUUAGUGAAAUUGGUAAAGAAUUCAGUGGUUUUACAGCAAUUCACCUGAAUUCUUUGGUUUCCUACAUCAGAUCUUUCAUUCCUGAAUUGUUGUUCAAUCAGACAUUCACUGACUUCCUCCAGAACCAGAUAACUGGUCAACAAAAUCAAAGAAAAAUUAUCAAUUUUGAUACUACCGAAAUUGACAUUGCUAUUGCAAAUUUAAGAGUUGCUGUAUUAAGAAGUCAAUGGAAAUAUCCGUCUUUUAGCUCUAAUUCUAAUCAAAAACCAAUUAAUUAUCAGAAAUUAGUUGAAUAUGAAGAAUUAUGUGAAAAAUCAGAAGAACUAAAGCAACAACUUAGAUCGUUUGAGGAAUUUCCAUCUGAUUGCCCUAUUUGCAGAAAACACGUUUCAAGUUACAUUUGUCCGUUUUGUAGCUCAUUUGUUUCAUGUCAUUAUUGCAAAAAUACUGUUAAACAAUGCAUGUAUUGCAAUAAACCAAUAAAAGACUUAAUCAAGAUCAAUAAAACUUGUUACUUCGGAUCUGAUGGAAACAACAACUGA